AUGAAGUUUAACGUUGAUAUUUUAUUAUUAGACAUUGAAGGAACUAUAUGUCCGAUCUCCUUCGUUAAAGAUGAAUUAUUCCCUUAUUUCCUUAAUAAAUCCCCUGAGAUCUUGAAAUCCUUGACUUAUCCUCUUGAAAAAGUAUCUGGCGAAGAUGAAAUAUCUCAGAUCAAUAAUAUCUUGAUUGGAUUUCCACAAUCAAUUACUCAAGAUGCUACAACUUUGAUAGGCCAUUUAAAUGAUUUGGUCAGUAAAGAUAUUAAAGAUCCAACCUUGAAGUCCUUGCAAGGAUUUAUCUGGAAAUUGGGAUAUGAAAAAGGUGAAAUUGUUGCACCUAUUUAUGAUGAUGCUAUAGAUGCCAUUAAAAAUUUCAAAGGUAAAGUCUAUAUAUACUCCUCCGGUAGUAUCAAAGCCCAAAAACUUUUAUUUGCAUAUGUCAAGUCAGAAGAAGGAUCAGUGGAUUUGAAUGGUUAUUUGUCAGGAUAUUUUGAUAUUACUACUUCAGGUUUCAAACAAGAAACCUCAUCAUAUGAAAGUAUUCUUAAAGACAUUGGUUAUGCUGACAAACCUUCGAAAGUUCUUUUUCUCAGUGAUAACGUCAACGAAGUUAAAGCUGCUGUUGGAGCCAAAAUGAAUUCAUUAAUUGUUGAUAGACCUGGGAAUAAUAUCGUAUCCCAAGACGACAUCUCCCAACUAGGAAUGAUCAAACAAUUAGAUGAACUUACUUUCGAUUAG